ACAAUAUGUUUUAAAAUAAUAUAUUUGUUUGAGCUUACAAAAGAUUUAAGUCACAAGAAAAAUCAACCUAUGUACUUUUGCCUCGUCACAAGGGUCAGAGUGAUUGGCCAGUUAUCAUUACAGGAGUAAAAGCAUAGGAUUGUCACACAUCUGGCAAGAGCAAUCAGUGCAAAGCCAAAAGCAAGUGACAGUCAACUAAAAUCUCUACUAUGGUGAACAGGAGGCGAAAUGGAUCUCGUGCUAAUGGUCGUUCCGGUCGAGGAGUUGUUAAUGCACAACAACAGCAGCAAUGCAAGCGGUCACCUAUUAAGGCUCUUAGAGAACCAGCCAUCUUUGCUAAACAAUCAGGCAGCACCUCGGACACCCCACAAGACAAAGUGACUUUAGCCCAGGCUCGUCGUGGCACUCCAGCUCGUAGACCCGUACGAGUGUAUGCCGAUGGAAUCUUUGACCUCUUCCAUUCAGGUCAUGCCCGGGCUCUGAUGCAGGCCAAGACUUUGUUCCCAAACACAUAUCUGAUUGUUGGUGUAUGCAGUGAUGCCCUGACGCACAAGUAUAAAGGCUACACAGUGAUGACAGAGGAUGAACGUUAUGAAGCCCUUAUACACUGUCGUUAUGUGGACGAGGUGGUCCGUGAUGCUCCCUGGACUCUCACUCCUGAAUUCCUUAAAAAACACAGGAUUGACUUUGUGGCACAUGAUGAUAUCCCAUACACCUCUGCUGGAUCAGAAGAUGUCUACAAACAUAUCAAAGAAGCAGGAAUGUUUGUGGCUACUCAAAGAACGGAGGGGAUUUCUACCUCUGAUCUCAUCACGCGUAUUGUUCGAGACUAUGACGUCUUCGUCAGACGUAACCUGCAGAGAGGAUACACAGCACGGGAACUCAACGUUGGCUUCAUCAAUGAGAAAAAGUAUCGCCUUCAAGAGCAGGUGGACAGAAUGAAGGAGACGGUGAGGACGGUGGAGGAGAAAUCCAAGCAUCUAGUGCACCGUGUUGAAGAGAAGAGCCAUGAUCUCAUCUACAAAUGGGAAGAGAAAUCUCGCGAGUUCAUUGGAAACUUCCUGGAGUUGUUUGGUCCUGAUAAAGCCUGGCACAUGAUCCAGGAACGGAGUGGCCGUGUUCUCCAGGCCCUGUCUCCCUAUCAGUCACCAAGUACGUCGCCCAGCUCCAGUCCCAGCAGAGGUCGCUAAACAUCACCUUUCUCCCAAUGGCCCCUGCGCCGCUUCCAUUCACCUCCACAUAAAGGAGCCUCUGUCAGCAGCAGUGAGGGUGACGAGGGGGAAAAUUAGGUGGAGGUUGGCUCUCCUACCAACUGCACAUUUGCACAAGCACCUUCUCAUUUUAUUUUCUGUAUUUAUGCACCAAAAUGCUUGAUCUUCAAAUGCUCAAAGAUCCAGAAUGGCUUCAUAAUUCAGUAGAAUAAAAAGUAUAUAUGUAAUAAAUAAAAUAUAUAUAUUUUUAUAUGUUUUAUUGUUCAUCAGCUAGAAAAAAAAAAAACAUUUUGAAAGUGAUUUUAUCAAUAUUGUUUUUCUGUGUUGUUAUUGUUAUAUUGGUCAAGUUUACUACCCUAUUCUCAUAUGAUUAGAACGAUUAAUACAUAAAAACAUAUUUGUGAUUAUUUUAUAAAACACUGUUUUUCUGAACGUAAUGAAGGGUGUACCACUGACCUAAUGUAUGAGUGUUUUAAUAAACUGAUCAGGCUAAAUACAACAUGAGCUAAGAAGCAUAUUGUGAAAUAUGGCAUAA